AUUGAUUAGUUCCUAAUGAUUUUACUGGCAAAUGCACGGAAUUGCGCACAUUCUAUUUAGUGUCAAAUGAUCGUUUCUGCACCUGUUUCCCAACUAAUUUCUUAAUCGCACAUUAGUUACAUUAUUUCGUUCGACUGAGGUCAGAGCACGGGCACAUACGAAUAGAGAAAGUGAUCUGGAUUUACGUAACAAUGCCAGAGGGGGUUUUUGUACGUUUGAAUUCGCGUUCAAUAAAUCGAGUGAAAGGGGUUUUUUUUUCGUGUUGCGUUCAGCAGCAUUCAUUCGAAAACUGGUUCCGAAUUUGGGCCAAAGUUUUCCUUGCCUAAACGCAACAACGAACGUUCGUUGUUCCGUCUCUGCGUUUUUCAGUGAGAACCCAAGUUCCGAGCCGCGAACAUGUUGCGAAUCACGCUCGCUAUUUCAUUUGCGCUUUCCGUCUGCGCCAUCCAAAUCGAUGUUGGCAAUUACUACGGUCAUCAUCAACAGCAGCAGCUGCAGCAACAGCAAUAUUUGGUAGCUGAGAAACCGAAGAGGGAGCACGAGAAGGGUCAAGAUUUUUCCAAGAUUCCCGGCCAUCCAGGGGUGGACUACCCCAUCUACCAUUCCGUACCAGAGACGAGCUUCUCCUGCCACAAUGUUCCGGCGCAUCCGGGAAUGUACGCCAACGUAGAAACCGGCUGCCAGGCUUACCACGUCUGCCACGACGGUCGCGAGGGUCACCAAGGCGCUUCGUUCCUCUGCACCAACGGCACCCUCUUCAACCAGAAGGAGUUCGCCUGCGAUUGGUGGUACAACGUCGAUUGCCACCAGGCCGUCAACUAUUACAGACUCAACUUGGACCCGGAGAAGAACCCCUACUUCCCCAAGAAGAAGUUGGAGGAAGAGAAGCAGCCAGAGUACCAGCAUCACUAUUGAAUAUCCAACGU